CGGAGUAAAUAAGAAAGAGAAAGAGAGAGAUCUUAGUCUCCGAGUUUUGGGAAAUUGGGGAGGGAUGGAAAAUACUCCCAAUUUCCACGGCUGCUUCCUGCUGAUUCUCUGCCUCCCGGCGGUGCUACUCUCAAUAAUAAUCAACGCCGCCCCCGACACCAUUACCCCAACUCAACCCUUAACCUCCUCCAGCACCUUAGUUUCCGCCGCCGGCAAAUUUGAGUUGGGUUUCUUCUCCCCGGGCAACUCAGGUAAGCUCUAUGUAGGCGUCUGGUACAAAGACAUCCUCCCCGUCAAAACUAUUGCAUGGGUUCUCAACAGAGACAACCCACUAGACAAUUCUUCCUUACCAUCUGCCCUCCUCCAAAUCGCCGCCGACGGCAACCUUGUCCUCACCCUCAACAAUUCAUCCAACCCCCCCUUAUGGUCAUCCAACUCCACUACCUCAACCGCCAACACCGUGGCUCAGUUGCUAGACUCGGGAAACCUCGUUCUCCGACCAAAUAAUAAUGUCGAUCCAACAUCGGAGUUUAAUUAUAUCUGGCAGGGAUUCGACCAUCCAACUGACACCCUUCUUCCGGGAAUGAAACUCGGAUGGGAUUUACAAACAGGCCUUAAUCGAUUCCCAACAUCUUGGAAAUCCCCCGACGAUCCUUCAACUGGAGAUUUCUCUUUCAAGCUAGACAUCAACGGAUCUCCCGAAGCUUUCCUAUGGAAUAAACAGCAACGGAGGAUUUAUCGAAGCGGACCCUGGAAUGGAGAGGGAUUCAACGGCGUUCCUGGUAUGAAACCCAGCACUAUAAUUAACUUUAACUUUGUCAGGAAUUCAACCGAGGUCGCGUAUUCAUUCUUACUACUAAACCAGUCUCUCUACUCCCGAUUAACCGUGACUCCUACCGGAAUCCUGCGACGGUUUGCCUGGAUUGACAACACCGCCGCGUGGAAACUAUUCUGGUACGCUCCGGCGGAUCAAUGCGACAACUAUAUGGAAUGUGGGGUGUACGGGAUCUGCGACACGAGCACUUCUCCGGUAUGUAAUUGUCCGAAGGGAUUCAGGCCGAAAAACUAUCAGGCCUGGAAUUUAAGAGAUGGGUCGGAUGGGUGUUAUAGAAAAGAUGGAUUGAAUUGUCCGGAUGAUGGGUUUUUGUUGUUGAAUAAUAUGAAGAUGCCGGAUACUUCUGCCACUUACGUUAACGAUAAGAUGAGCCUGGCGGAAUGCGACGCCGCUUGCCGGAAGAAUUGCUCGUGUAUGGCCUACGCUAAUACGGAUAUUCGAUUUAACGGGUCGGGUUGUGCAAUGUGGACUGGAGAUCUGCUCGAUAUGAGGAUGUACGCGUCAUCGGAAGGCGGUCAGGCUUUGUAUCUCAGAGUUUCGGCUUCCGACGUAGAACAAUCAAACAAUACAAUUACCACGCAAAUUCACAAUAAACGAAAAACCAUCCUCGUUGUGAGCUUGUCGGUUGGUUUUGGUGUUGUAUUGGUGGGACUCCUUUUCAUGUGUUUAAUAUGGAAGAGAAGAAAGGCUAAAAAAGAAGAAAGGAAAGACAUGAUUUCAGAUGCUAGAGAAAGGAGAUCAGGUCCUCGUGAAAGAAGUCAAGAUAUGUUGAAUUCCGAAGGCGUGAUGGUGAGCAAGAGGGAGUACUCGGCUGAUGAAAAUACUACUCACGAACUAGACCUUCCAUUUUUUGAUUUUGGAACCAUUACAACCGCCACAAACAAUUAUUCCGAUGCAAAUAAACUCGGGCAGGGUGGUUUUGGAUGUGUCUACAAGGGUAUGUUGGUGGAAGGCCAAACCAUUGCGGUUAAAAGGCUGUCCAAGAACUCGGGACAAGGAGUAGAAGAAUUCAAGAACGAAAUGAGGCUGAUAGCCCGACUUCAACACAGAAACCUUGUGCGCCUCCUUGGUUGCUGCGUCUACAUGGAAGAGAAGAUGUUGAUAUACGAAUUCAUGGAGAACAAAAGCCUAGACUCUAUUCUAUUCAAUAAAGAGAGGUGUUCUUUGUUGGAUUGGAAAAGACGAUUUGAUAUCAUUUGUGGAAUCGCGAGAGGACUUCUUUAUCUUCACCAAGAUUCAAGGUUUAGGAUCAUUCACAGGGAUCUCAAAGCUAGCAAUAUAUUGCUCGAUAAAGAAAUGAACCCGAAAAUAUCAGACUUUGGCAUGGCGAGAAUAUUUGGCACAGAUCAAACUGAGGCCAAUACAAGGAGAGUGGUCGGAACAUACGGUUACAUGUCACCGGAAUAUGCAAUGGAUGGUCUUUUCUCAAUCAAAUCAGAUGUCUUCAGUUUCGGUGUUCUUGUACUUGAGAUAAUAAGUGGAAAAAAGAACCGAGGAUUCUACACUGCGAACCAGCAACUUAACCUCCUUGGACAUGCAUGGAGGCUAUGGAGAGAAGGGAAGGGGAUGGAACUGCUGGAUCCAUCGGCUGGAAGUUCAUAUUCGUCGCAAAUGGUAUCGAGAUGCAUUCAAGUGGGGCUGCUAUGCGUGCAGGAGCGAGCGGAGGACAGGCCAACAAUGGCUAACGUUGUUUUGAUGUUGAGCAGUGAGAGUAUGUUGUUGUCUCAGCCGAGACAUCCAGGUUUUUGUUUGGGAAGACACCAUGGGACUGAAAAUGAUACAUCCUCAAGUAUGAUUGAUGAAUCUGCCACCAUCAAUAAUGUCACUGUUACAAUCCUAGAUGGGAGGUAGUAGUAAUAUGUAGUAGUUUGAUGAUCAAAUAAAUAAUUCCAAAACAAUAAAGUGUAUAGUGUUACUUACAUAUAUGGGUUUCUUAUUAUAAU